AUGGCCGGCGCACAGGAGACCCUGGUGCUAGCCGGCGUGAUGCGCGGCCACAACGGCGUGGUGACGGCGAUCGCCACCCCCAUCGACAACUCCCCGCUCAUCGUCUCCUCCUCCCGCGACAAGUCGCUGCUGGUCUGGGACCUCACCAACCCCGUCCAGGCCGCCGGGGACGGCACCACCACCGCCGACUACGGCGUCCCGUUUCGCCGCCUCACAGGCCACUCCCACUUCGUCCAGGACGUCGUCCUCAGCUUCGACGGCCAGUUCGCGCUCUCCGGGUCCUGGGACGGCGAGCUCCGUCUCUGGGAUCUCGCCACGGGCAAAACUACCCGCCGUUUCGUCGGCCACGAGAAGGACGUCCUCUCCGUCGCCUUCUCCGUCGACAACCGCCAGAUCGUGUCCGCAUCCCGCGAUCGCACCAUCAAGCUGUGGAACACCCUCAUCCGAGUGCAAGGCAAGAGGCUGUACGCGCUGGACGCAGGUAACAUCAUCCAUCGCUCUGCUUCGCCCAACCGCUACUGGCUCUGCGCAGCGACACAGGAAUCCAUAAAGAUCUGGGAUCUUGAAUCAAAGCACGUCGUCCAGGAUCUCAAGCCUGAGGUGUCGGCCGCCAAGGACCAGAUGCUCUACUGCACAUGCUUGAGCUGGAGUGCUGAUGGAAGCACACUCUAUGCUGGUUACACUGAUGGAACCAUCCGGAUCUAUAAGAUUUCUGGAUUUGGCUACUAG